AAGCGCCGGCACAACGAGUUUUUGAUAUCAUUACAGUUUGCGUUCUUGUGCUGCGUGUUGGAUACAUCGCGAGACCUCCCAAACCAACAAACAAAAAGACUUAAUUUAUUUAUUUAAUUUUUAGUAAUUUAACAAACAAAAAACAAACAAAAUGUGUGACGAAGAAGUUGCUGCAUUAGUUGUUGAUAACGGUUCCGGUAUGUGCAAAGCCGGUUUCGCCGGUGAUGAUGCACCCCGUGCUGUCUUCCCCUCAAUUGUCGGUCGCCCCCGUCAUCAAGGUGUCAUGGUUGGUAUGGGACAAAAGGACUCGUAUGUCGGUGAUGAAGCCCAAAGCAAACGUGGUAUCCUCACAUUGAAAUACCCCAUUGAACACGGUAUUGUCACCAACUGGGACGAUAUGGAAAAGAUCUGGCAUCACACCUUCUACAAUGAAUUGCGUGUCGCCCCCGAAGAACAUCCCGUCUUGUUGACUGAAGCUCCCUUGAAUCCCAAAGCUAAUCGCGAAAAGAUGACACAAAUCAUGUUUGAAACCUUCAACACACCCGCUAUGUAUGUUGCCAUUCAGGCUGUAUUGUCAUUGUACGCCUCCGGUCGUACCACUGGUAUUGUCUUGGAUUCUGGUGAUGGUGUCUCUCACACCGUACCAAUCUAUGAAGGUUAUGCCUUGCCUCACGCUAUCUUGCGUUUGGAUUUGGCUGGUCGCGAUUUGACCGACUACUUGAUGAAGAUCUUGACUGAACGUGGUUACUCAUUCACCACCACCGCUGAACGUGAAAUCGUUCGUGACAUCAAGGAGAAAUUGUGCUAUGUCGCCUUGGACUUUGAACAAGAAAUGGCCACCGCCGCCUCCAGCUCCAGCUUGGAGAAGAGCUACGAAUUGCCCGAUGGUCAAGUGAUCACCAUUGGCAAUGAACGUUUCCGCUGCCCCGAAGCCUUGUUCCAACCUUCCUUCUUGGGUAUGGAAGCCUGCGGUAUCCACGAAACCACCUACAACUCCAUCAUGAAGUGCGAUGUUGAUAUCCGUAAGGACUUGUACGCCAACACUGUGUUGUCUGGUGGCACCACCAUGUACCCUGGUAUUGCCGAUCGUAUGCAAAAGGAAAUCACCGCCUUGGCUCCAUCCACCAUGAAGAUCAAGAUCAUUGCUCCCCCAGAACGCAAAUACUCCGUCUGGAUCGGUGGUUCCAUCUUGGCUUCCUUGUCCACCUUCCAACAGAUGUGGAUCUCCAAGCAGGAAUACGACGAAUCCGGCCCAUCCAUUGUGCACAGAAAGUGCUUCUAAGCGGUUUCUUCCUACAACCAAAAAUAUACA